AUGAGGUUGUCCUGGGGGCUCCUCCUGCUCGCUGUGGCUCUGGUCCUGUGGGGGAAAGCUGCAGCCCCCUGCCCCGCACCUUGCGUCUGCGACAACCUCCAUGCCCACGUCCUCUGCCUCAAUGGGAACCUUACGGCCGUCCCUGGGGCUGUCCCACAGCUCACAAAAAAACUGGACCUUCGGGGCAACAGUUUCACGGUCAUUCCGGUGGGAGCCUUCCUCGCCACCCCGUACCUCACACACUUGGACCUGCAGCACUGCAAGGUGGAGAGGCUGGAGGAGGGAGCUUUCCGGGGGCUGGGGAGGCUGCUCUAUCUCAGUCUGGCCUCCAAUGGCAUAGCCCUCCUCUACCAGGAGUCCCUGGAUGGGCUCUCCUCCCUCCAGCAGCUCAGCCUGGAGGGGAACCGCAUUGAGGAGAUCCAGCCAGGUGCUUUUGGCCAUCUGGGGUCCCUCACAGUCCUUGAUCUGAGAGCAAACGCUUUGGUCUACCUCCCAGACAUGGUCUUCCAGGGUCUGCAGGCCCUCCGGUGGCUCCGGCUGUCCCACAAUGCCCUCCACGUUCUGGGCAGCGAGGCCUUUGCUGCCCUUCCCGCCCUGCGCAGGCUGAGUCUGGACCACAACGAGCUUCAGGCACUGCCUGGUGAGGCCCUGGCCAGGCUGGACGGUGCCACCCGGCUGGACCUGGGGCACAACCCCAUCACCUACGUGGCUGAGGAAGCCUUGGCAAUGGCCUCCCUGAAGCAUCUCUUCCUCGAUCACGCUGCUCUUCAGGACGUGGCACCUGAUGCCUUCACCCACAGCCCUCAGCUGCGCACACUGGACCUCCGCAAGAACCAUCUGCGGGGGAUGCUGCCCCUGGCAGGGGCUGGAGGGCUGGCGAAGGUCAGCCUGGCGGGGAACCCCCUGCUCUGCUCCUGCCUUCUGAGACCCUUCCAUGUCUGGCUGGCGAGGGCACGGGUGCAAGCAGAGGGGUCCUGUGCCGCACCCCCUGCCCUCCGCGGCCGGCCCCUCGACUCCCUGAGGCCCCUUGAGAUGAGGUGCAGCCGCCCCCGGCUGCCCCCCAGACCAUCAGAGCAGCCAAGGGUGCCCAGCAGCAGCAGGCAGUGCCCACAGGGGUGCACCUGCUCCACAGAUUUCCGUCACGGGUCCUGUGAGAACAGGAACCUGCAGGAGAUCCCCGAGGGCUUCCCCAGAGACACCCGACUCCUUGACCUGCGCCGGAACACCUUUAGGACGGUCCCACCCGGUGCCUUCCUUGGCUUGAAGGAGCUGGUGUCCCUCCACCUGCAGAGCUGCAGCAUCAGGGUGCUGCGCCCCGGGGCGCUGCGAGGGCUGGAGAGCCUGAUCUACCUCUACCUCAGUGACAACCACCUCUCCGCCUUGGCGGGCACCGCCUUUGAGGGGGCCCCACGACUGGCAUACCUUGACCUGGACCACAAUUCCUUCACCCACCUGCCUGCUGUUGCCUUCCAGCUUCUUCCCAACCUCAUCUCCCUCCACCUGCAGCACAAUGCCAUUGGGGAGAUGAUGGAAGGUGACUUAGCCGGGGCUCAGGGGCUGCGCUGGCUCUACCUUGCUGGGAAUGCCAUCGGGCGCAUUGCCCCCGCUGCCCUGGCUCCUGCCAAGAUGCUGGAGAAGUUGCACUUGGAGGGAAACCACCUGACCGAGGUGCCCACGGCUGCCCUGCGGGGUCUGCUGUCCCUGAGCGAGCUGAAGCUGUCCCGAAACCCCAUCAAGCACCUGCAAGAUGGCGCCUUCCUGCCGCUGGCCUCCAGCCUGCAGCACCUCUACCUGGACAACAUAGGCCUGGAGUGGAUUUCCCCCAGUGCCUUUGCUGGUCUUGGUCCCAAGAUUAGAAGCCUCUACCUGGAGAGCAACAAAAUGAGCAACAUCCCUGACAUGAGCAUCUUCACAGGGCUGGAGAUCCUCAACCUGAGGGAUGUGCCUUUCCACUGUGACUGCCAGCUCCUUCCCCUGCACAGGUGGAUCGACAAACUCAACCUCCACACAGGGGCCACCUGUGGGUCCCCUCAAGAAGCUCAGGGGCUGAAGGUGAAGCUUUCCACUACUUUCCAAACCUGCCCUGGCUGGGGACAAGUCAAGGCUAGUGGAGCCAGUCCUGACAAGGCCAAGGCUGCAAGCAAGAAAAAGAGGUCACGAAAAUCACCAUCCAGAGGCUUCAAGAAGAGCAGAGCUUAG